GACACAAACACGAAAGGAAACGGUCAGAGCUCGCGCACGGUGUGUGGCGGUGUAACGGGACCGGGACAGUUCGGAUCGAAGAGGGAACUUUGGACAUGAGGAUAUUUGUCGGGGGGGCAUAAACUUUAAUUCAAAACAGGAAAAUAAGGUUUAUCCCAGCUUUACUUCUUUUAAACACCGUUUAUCAUGAGUAAAGUUUGAAGGUGCCACGCGAGACAAGAUGCGAACCGUGUUUUGAGCCGACCUUCAUUUCUUUAUUGGCACUUUAAGACAAGUUUUUUCCUUAUUAUUUUUCUUGGCGCUUAGAUUAACAAGUAAACAAGAUGGCAGAGCACGAAAGCCUGGAGUUUGGAAAGGCAGACUUUGUGCUUCUGGACAACGUGUCAAUGGAGGAGUUUAUGGCCAACUUAAAACUCAGGUUUGAGAAGGGGAGGAUCUACUCGUACAUCGGAGAGGUGGUGGUGUCCGUUAACCCUUACCGUGCCAUGAACAUCUACGGCCGCGACACCAUCGAGCGGUACAAGGGCCGCGAGCUGUACGAGAGUCCGCCCCACCUCUUCGCCAUCGCAGACGCUGCUUACAAAGCCAUGAAGAGGAGGAACAAAGACACCUGUAUCGUCAUCUCAGGGGAAAGUGGUGCAGGAAAGACCGAGGCCAGCAAGUACAUAAUGCAAUACAUCGCUGCUAUUACCAACCCCAAUCAGAGGGCUGAGGUUGAAAGAGUGAAAAACACGCUGCUAAAAUCCAACUGCGUCCUGGAAGCCUUCGGAAACGCCAAAACCAACCGCAACGACAACUCCAGCCGCUUCGGCAAGUACAUGGACAUCAACUUCGACUUCAAGGGGGACCCCAUCGGGGGCCACAUCAACAACUACCUGCUGGAGAAGUCCAGGGUCAUUUUCCAGCAGGAAGGCGAGCGGAGCUUUCAUUCAUUCUACCAGCUGCUCAGAGGAGCUCCGGAUUCCCUCUUACGUUCUCUUCACAUCCAAAAAGAACCAACGGCCUUCAACUUCAUCAAAGUUGGAGGACAGACUAAGUCUUCCAUCAACGAUGGCGCCGAGUUCAAAGCUGUGGCCGAUGCCAUGAAAGUGAUCGGUUUCACAGGAGACGAGAUUCAAACUGUUUACAAGAUCCUGGCCACCAUCCUACACCUGGGCAACCUGGCGUUCGGAGUGGACGGCGACGUGACCCUGAUCGAAAACACAAAGCUGGUUUCUGUGAUCAGGGAGCUGCUUUCCACUAAAGAGGAAAAUGUGGAGAAGGCUCUGCUUUACCGCACGGUCGCCACGGGCCGAGACGUCAUCGAGAAGCAGCACACGACUCAGGAGGCCAGCUAUGGGCGAGACGCUCUAGCCAAGGCGAUGUACGAACGACUGUUCUGCUGGAUCGUCGGGCGCAUCAACGACAUCAUCGAGGUGAAAAACUACGACGCCAGAAUCCACGGGAAGAACACGGUCAUCGGCGUUCUGGACAUCUAUGGUUUUGAAAUUUUCCAAAACAACAGCUUUGAGCAGUUUUGCAUCAACUACUGUAAUGAGAAGCUGCAGCAGCUCUUCAUCCAGCUGGUGCUGAAGCAGGAGCAGGAGGAGUAUCAGAGGGAGGGCAUCCCCUGGAAACAUAUUGAUUACUUCAACAAUCAGAUCAUUGUGGACUUGGUGGAACAGCAGCAUAAAGGCAUCUUCUCCGUUCUGGACGAAGCCUGCAUGAACGUGGGCAAAGUCACCGACGAGGUUUUCCUUCAAGGGCUCAACGUCAAGCUGGCAAAGCACCCCCACUUCACCAGCCGCAAGCUCUCGCCAACAGACAAGAGUUUGGAGUUCGACAGAGACUUUCGCAUCAGACACUACGCAGGAGAUGUGAUGUACUCGGUGGUGGGCUUUAUUGAUAAGAACAAGGACACGCUGUUCCAGGACUUUAAGAGGCUCUUGUACAACAGUUCCAACCCGGUACUGAAGGCGAUGUGGCCUGAAGGCAAACUGAGGAUCACGGAGGUCACCAAACGGCCUCUGACGGCAGCGACGCUUUUCAAAAACUCCAUGAUCUCGCUGGUGGAGAACCUCGCCAGCAAGGAGCCGUACUACGUGCGCUGCAUCAAGCCCAAUGACGUAAAGUCCCCUCUGCUGUUCGAGCAGGAGCGCUGCCGCCAUCAGGUGGAGUACCUGGGGCUGCUGGAGAACGUCCGAGUGCGCCGAGCCGGCUUCGCCUACAGACAGACGUACCCUCGCUUCCUGCAAAGAUACAAGAUGAUCUCAGAGUUCACGUGGCCCAACCAUGACCUGCCCUCAGACAAAGAUGCUGUGAAGAAACUCCUGCAGGGCUGCGGGUUCGACCACGACGUGGCCUACGGCAAAACCAAAGUCUUCAUCCGAACUCCUCGGACCCUGUUCAGCUUGGAGGAGCAGCGAGCUGAAAUGGUCCAGAGGAUCGUCCUCUUCCUCCAGAAGGUUUGGCGGGGCACCCUUGCCAGAAUGCGUUACCGGCGGAUGCGUGCCGCCCUCAUCAUCCUGCAGGCGUACAGGCGUUACAAGGUCAAGUCCUACAUCCGCGAGGUCAACCGUCGCUUCAGAAACGUCAAAUCCAUGAAGGAUUACGGCCGACACGUGAAGUGGCCCACGCCUCCCAAAGUCCUGCGCAAGUUCGAGGAAGCGCUGAAGAACAUCCACAGCAGGUGGUGGGCAUGGACACUGAUCAAAAACCUCUCUCCAGAGGAGACUCUGCAGGUCAGGGCCAAAGUAGCCGGCCUGGAGGCCCUGAAGGGCCAAAGGGUCGACUUGGGCUUACAGAGAUCCUGGGAAGGAAACUACAUGAAAGGCGACAGCCCCGACGCAGCUUCAUCCUUCACGCUCGUUUCCAGCGAGCUGCAGCGCAAAGACAAGUUCAUGAGAGUUUUGUUCUCCUGCAACGUGCGAAAGAUCAACCGUUUCCACAAGGCAGAGAACCGAGCCGUGCUCAUCACCGACCGCCACCUGUAUAAAAUGGACCCCCUGAAGCAGUAUAAAGCCAUGAAGAGCAUCCCCCUGUACAACGUGACGGGACUGAGCGUUUCCCCGGGGAAGGACCAGCUGGUUGUGUUCCACACCAAGGACAGCAGGGAUCUGGUGGUGUGCCUGCAGGGCAUGGUACCUGCCAACGAGAGCCGCAUCGGGGAGCUGGUUGGAACUCUGCUCAGCCAUUUCAGAAGCGAGAAGAGGAAGCUGCAGGUGAACGUGGCGAGUCCCAUCCAGUGCAGCCUGAACGGCAGGAAGUGCACGAUCGUCGUCGAGUCCAAGAUCAACCAAUCACAGCCAGACUUCACCAAGAGCCGGGCCGGUUACAUCCUGAACGUUCCUGGAAACUAAAGUGGGCCAAAAACCAGAGCAGCUGAUUUCACACCACGUCUUUUUUGUUUUUUGUUUUUCUGCAGAGCUGCUGUGUUUCUGUCGGAUUGGGGCGAUUAAAUCCUCGUUUUCCUAAUGUAUGCCAAACUCCAGCUCCUCUGCAGACUUCUAGAGGAUGUUCAUUUUAAAGAAGAGGUUAUUAGUUUAACAAAUUUAACAAAGCAUGCCCCAAACA